GUGUAAGCCGCAAAGAUGGCGGAAAAAAUUACAGACGAGGAACUCGUAGAAGAAUUGAAAGCCUAUGGCGAGGUGGUAAAAGUGCCGAUCGACAAGAAAAAGCGACCGAUAUUGAUAAAAAAGUUAAAUCAUUUCAGGGCUCGAGAUAGACCUGCCAAUCAGGGAAAGAAAACGACACCGUCUCGCUCCAGACAGACAAAAAAUGUCGAGUUCAGCUCUGCAGAAGAAAGCGAAGAUGAGACAGUCGUUCCAAUCAAGCGCAUGACCGCGAGACAAGCUCCACAGAAAGAAGCUGUGUCGUCAUACUCUAAAACAGACACGAUAGAAAUAUCCCCGCCGCGGACACGAACUGGAUCACGACGCAGCACAAGACGAAGUGGGGUGGGGGGUAGUAGCAGUGAUUCAGUGACCCCGGCCCCGAGUGUGCCAUUGAAAUCAUUAUAUCCUGACUUGUCUCGAGAAAUAGGCGGGGGUGCCGUAAUAAACUCCUCAGUUAAUUACUCGUAUGAAUAUCAAAAUGAAUUCACGGACUCUGAUCCCGAUGAGAGUAUGUAUGAAGUCGAAAACAAAUCAAUGAACACAACUUUUCAGUUACAAGACAGUUUUGUUGAUAAUUACAAGUCGCCUUUAGGUCAUUCUGUUAAACAGCGCAGGUCAGUUGGAAGGGGAAAUUCCAGGAAGACAGAAAACAACACCGCAUGGCCUGAGUAUUCUCGUGGAAAAUUGAACAAUAUCACUGACAACAGAGAGGAAGAUGAACACGAUAAUCAUAUUGAUCACUCAUACGAGCCUAAAGCUUCAUUCAUUUCUACCAGCAUUCUGUGUUUAGUUGUUUGUUUCUUUUUAAUUGUUGGAGCAACAUACAUUUACCUUCGUCAAGACAUAGGCAGCACACAUUUUGGACAGGCAGGUGAUGGUGAUGUGGUAUACCCUAAGGGAAGAAAUAAGAUAGAGUAUGAAGAGGCUCAUCAGACUGUAGUGAAAAUAGAGGAAUAUCUACGUAAUAAAGGAAACGGAGAGAUGAUCAAAUGGGAAACAUUGAAUACAUCAGUGACAGGAAGUGAAUCGGAAAUGAAGAAAGCAAAAGAACUGAUUUUACUAAAUCCUAAAUGGGGCAUCAGAGCAUUUGAUGCAGAAAAAAAUCCAGUUGAAGCAUCUGAUACACAAGAGAAUGAGGACAAAAUAACCUAUCUCCAGACUGACCCUGACCUAGGUCUGAUCAUACGGGUCUGGAGAUCCAUGGAAAAAAUCCUGUUUGGACUCACCCUACUUGUUAUUUGUGUAGGAGUGGUGAUUGUGGGGUUCUUCAGCUGGCGCUACCACAGAGGUCAGGUGGAACGGGAACAGAAGUGUGUGUUUGAAUUGGUGGAGAAAAUCAUAGAUUUAGUGAAGGAUAAUUAUGAACUUCACCAGGAGAACAACAGACAUCCAGAAUUUAUCGCUGUUUCCCAUGUCCGCGACCAGCUGUUACCACCAAAACAAAGACAAAAGCUGAGGCCGCGCUGGGAGAAAGCAGUAAAGUUUAUUGAGGCGAACGAGUCCAGAAUCCGAAUUGAGAACCAGACGGUGCAGGGAGAGGAUUUCUUAGUCUGGAGGUGGCUCCCGGCUUGCUCCAAUGGAGGAAAAUACUGGCAGGGUCAAGCAUUUGGUGAGAAUAACACAUCAUCAGGAGGGGGAGGGGCCCUGUCCUAUAGCCCUACCCCAUGUCUGAAAAUCAGGAACAUGUUUGAUGCAGAAAUGGAAACAGAUGAGGAUUGGGAGGUGAAUGUACAGGACGCCAUCUUGGAAAAAUGCAAAGGAAUCAAGGGAAUUCUUCAUAUCUAUGUGGAUUCCAACUCUAAGGAGGGAUGUGUGUACAUUAAAUGUAACAGCUGUGAGACGGCCUACAGUGUGUACAAAUCUCUCCACGGCUGGUGGUUUGAUGGUCGUUUGGUGACGGUUAAAUAUUUGCGACUUGAGCUCUAUCACAAUAAAUUCCCUGACUCCAGACGAGCGCAGAAAUCCCUACAGCCAUCCAACAGUAAAAUGGCGUCUCUGGCUCAGCCGUAUCAUCGCUCCACCCUGGAGAUGACGUAACUGUGUCCAGAUUUGGGUGUUGACAUCUGAGUGCCUUGUAGACAUGUAUAACACUGAUCUUCCUGUGGUUGUCUGUAUGAGUGGAUGGCUCUGUCACUACUCCCAUCAGUACUGUCAGUACUUUGAUUCUGUUUGUACAUAACUCAUUCGACUGAGAUACUAAGGUAUUGUGUGAGAAAUAUAUAGGGCAUAAAAAAUACAGGACAACAGUUUGAUGAUAUGGUUUUAAUUAUCAAUGAUUUUUAGUAUGAGUGACAUAUCUUUGUAUGGACAUAUAUUCAUUAUAAGAUUUAGUUUGUAAAGAAUUUGAUAAAACAUAUUUUCGAAUGAUAUAAAGAAUGAUCAUGUGAUUGUAAGUGAAAUAUUCUGAAUAAAACAUAUAUGUAAUCAGUAUAUCUCAAUAUCAUGGACAGUAAACCAACCUUAAUUUCCUCUGCCAGUAUUUUUUCACAAGAUUCUUAAAGAUUUGAAGUUAAUAUUUUCUCAAAAUUUCUGUAU